CAGCUGGAAGAAAACAUCCAUGAGUUGCUGCAGCAUGUGGAGCCUAAGGAUGCCCCAGCACCGGUUCAAAUCCCUGCCACCCCUCCUGUUCCAGCAGACGCUCCUGUUCCUGCUGUAGCCCCAUCACCUGCUCCUGAACCGUCUGCUCCACUGCCGGCUCCAGUGGAGGGAGAGGAUGGGCUCCCGCAGCCUUCAGUAGCAGCUGAAGGAACGGAAGAUCAGCAACAACCAUCACAAGAAAAGGAGCAGCAGCAAGAGCAGCAACAGCAGCCUGACUCUGUCGAGAAGUCAGCAGAAGCACCAGUGGCAGAUGAACUUAAUACUGGUUACCAUGCUACUGGCAGUUCUGGUGGAUUACCGGGUGGGCAAAUCACACUCAGCAUACAGAAGUUUGAGUCUCUGAAUGCCGAACUGGAGCAGAAUCAGGAACUUGCCAACAGCCGCAUGGCAGAGCUAGAAAAAUUGCAGCAAGAGCUACAGGAAGCUGUUCGGGAGGGCGAGAAACUAAAGAUGGAUCUGAGGAAUAUCCCAGAGGAAGUGUUGAAGGAGACGCCAGAGUACAAGUGCCUCCAGUCUCAGUUCUCUCUGCUGUAUAAUGAGUCUCUGAGUGUGAAGACGCAGCUGGAUGAAGCCAGAGCUCUGCUGCUUACAGCCAAAAAUGCUCAUCUACGACAGAUUGAGCACAUGGAGAGCGAUGAGUUGUCCCUCCAGAAGAAGUUACGCACUGAGGUCAUUCAGCUAGAGGACACACUAGCCCAGGUCCGCAAGGAAUCCAUUGAGUUGUGUGUUUUUCUGUUUUUCUUUGCAUUUUUAAACUUAUUGUCGACUCCCCAUGAAAAAAAGAGAGGAAAGACUGUAUCUGCUUCUAAAUAUCAUAACUUUACAGAACAUGACUGACUGAUGUUCACACAAAUUGUUUUGUUUUGACAAUUAUGGCCUUAUCCGUUUAAAUCACACAGUAACUCUAUCCAGAAACACAGCCAGUUUCCAUGGCGACACUCAAUGUUACUGAACCCCUUAAAGUUUAGCAAUGAACAGAUGUGAUGGUACUGGGUGGAAAGAAUAGACAUGCAUAAAAUUAGAAACAUAGAUGGUGUUGCAGUGACUUUUUAAAGGCAAAACAAACAUAUUCAUGCUAAAGUAAACGUCUCAGCCGAUUUAGCUUUAGUCCGGUACAGUAUAUACCCCAACCAGUUCCAGAUGUAUCCCCAACAUGUCAAACUACUGCACAGUUUCUUUAAAUAAUAAAAGCUGAUACAGGUA